AUGAUAUCAGUGUAUGCAUUUCAACUUAAUGAAGAGAUUCUUUUAGAAAAUGAAACAUCAGGUCAACAAUGCCUUGUAUUUGAAGAUCAUUUUAAUCGAUUUGACUUGAAGAUUUGGCAACAUGAAAUCACAAUGAGUGGUGGUGGUAAUUGGGAAUUUCAAUGGUAUACCAAUAAUCGAUCCAAUAGUUUCGUUGAAGACGGUAUACUUUAUAUCAAACCUACUUUAACUACGGAUUUUAUGGGUGAACAAGCAAUGAUGAAUGGUGGUACCCUUAGUUUAUGGUCGAACGAUCCUUCUAUUCAAUGUACAGGUUGUGAACGUGUUGCAGGUGUAUCAUCUGGUGGUAAUAUCAUCAAUCCAAUUCAAUCAGCUCGUAUUCGAACUUUUGAAUCCAUGUCUAUUCGAUAUGGUAAGGUAGAAGUCCGUGCACGAUUACCUCAAGGCGAUUGGUUAUGGCCAGCUAUAUGGAUGAUGCCAAAAUAUUCUACCUAUGGUCCUUGGCCUGCUAGUGGUGAAAUUGAUAUUAUGGAAUCAAGAGGAAAUAAAAAUGGAUAUCCUUAUGGUGAUUCAUCUAGAGUAAGCUCGACAUUACAUUGGGGACCAAAUUUCAAUUUGAAUCAAUACAACUUGACACAAGCAGAAGUGAUAGCAGAGGAAGGUAGUUUUGCAGAUGAUUUUCAUACCUAUGGAUUAGAAUGGAAUGAAGAAGGUUUACGAACAACAAUCGAUAACAUAACUGUAUUACAAGUGGAUUUUGAUCAAACCUUCUGGACACGAGGAGAAUUCCCUGAUUGGUCGAUGAAUCCUUGGAAACAAGGUGGUAUAGGUGCUCCUUUUGAUGAAGAGUUUUAUCUGAUUUUGAACGUGGCUGUCGGUGGUGCUUCAUCUUAUUGGCCUGAUGAUCCUUCUAAACCUUGGCUCAACUCUGAUCUUCAUCCUGCAACUCAGUUUUGGCAACAUAGACAUCAAUGGUUACCUUCUUGGGGUUCUGGAAACAAACCAGCCUUGGCUAUUGAUUGGGUAAAAGUUUGGUCAGAUCAACCUUGCUGA